AUGAGCAGUUUGGCCGCCCUCCGGGAGGGCUACGAGCACUUCGACCCCCGCGCCUACCUGGAGAACAACUACCUACCCCCCCGCGCCGACUUCUCCUCCGAGGAGUUCGUGGUCCCCUGGAAGCUGCGAUGCCUGGCUGAGACCUUCGCCAGCGGUGAGAUCCACGGGCGCACACUGAUCGACGUGGGCUCGGGCCCCACCAUCUACCAACUGCUGAGCGCCUGCGACCACUUCGAGGAGAUCGUGGCCACCGACUACCUGGCAGUGAACCGGGAGGAGCUGGGGCGCUGGGCACGGGGGGAGCCCGGCACCUUCGACUGGAGCCCCUUCAUCCAGCACGUCUGCAAGAUCGAGGGACGCGGGGAGCCGUGGCAGGAGAAGCAGCGCCGGCUGCGGUCUCGGCUGCGCCGGAUCCUGCCGAUCGACGUGCACCGAGCGGAGCCGCUGGGCCGGCCGCUGCGGCCGCCCGCCGACGCGCUGCUCUCCGCCUUCUGCCUGGAAGCCGUCAGCCCGGACCGCGCCGCCUUCGCCCGGGCUCUGGCGCACGUGGGCUCGCUCCUGCGGCCCGGUGGCCACGCCGUGCUGCUGGGAGCCCUGGGCGAGUCGUUCUACCUGGCGGGGCCGGCGCGGCUGCCCGUGGUGCCGCUGGCCGAGGCCGACGUGCGCGGGGCUCUGAGCGCCGCGGGCUUCGUGCUGCGCGAUUUCCGCGCCUACGCGAUGCCGCCCGCGCUGCGCACCGGGGUCGACGACGUCGAUGGGGUCUUCUUCGCCCACGCGCAGAAACCGCCCGAGGUCUGA